CUAAUAACAAUGUUAAUUAUUCUCUUCUUAAAGAUGGCGUUUAAAAAAGAGGAGACUGAAGACAUGAAGAUGGAGUUUAUUAAAGAGGAAACUGAAGACAUGAAGAUUGAGUUUAAUAAAGAGGAGUUUGAAGAAAUAAAUAUUGAAGAAACAUUCAGUGUGAAACAUGAAGAUACUGAGGAACAAACAGAUCUAAUGGCACUGAGAGAGGCGAGUCAUGAACUUAAUGAAAGGGAUGAAGAGAAAAUUAUACAUUAUAAUUAUAAUUUAAUGACUAAAGAAAAAUCAACAAAGUUUUCCUUAAAAAAAGGAGCUCAAAAGACUGGAACUAAAAGUUAUUUCACAUGCCAACAGAGUGGAAAGACUUUUGAUCAACAUAGAAACUUUCAAGUCCACUUGAGAGUUCACACUAGAGAGAGAGCCUUCACUUGCCACCAGUGUGGAAAGAGUUUCAUACAUAAAAAUCACCUUAAAGUUCACAUGAGAAUUCAUACUGGAGAAAAGCCUCACACCUGCAAACAAUGUGGAAAGAGUUUCAGUCAAAAAGGAAGCCUUGAAAUCCACAUGAGAAGUCACACUGGAGAAAAGCCUUACACCUGCCAACAGUGUGGAAAGAGUUUCAUUAGAAAUGAAAACCUUAAAGUCCACAUGAGAAUUCAUACUGGAGAAAAGCCGUACACCUGCCAACAGUGUGGAAAGAGUUUCGGUCAAAAAGGACACCUUAUAGACCACAUGAGAAUUCACACUGGAGAAAAGACUUUCACCUGCCAACAGUGUGGAAAGAGUUUCAUUAGAAAUAAAAACCUUAAAGUCCACAUGAGAACUCACACUGGAGAAAAGCCGUACACCUGCACUCUGUGCGGGAAUGGCUUCACAGAGGAACGAAUCCUCAGGCAACACAUGAGAAUUCACACUGGAGAGAGCCCAUUCACCUGCCAACAAUGUGGAAAGAGUUUCAUUAGAAAUGAAAACCUUAAAGUUCACAUGAGAAUUCACACUGGAGAAAAGCCUUACACCUGCCAACUGUGUGGAAAGAGUUUUAAUGAGACAGGAAACCUUAAAAUCCACAUGAGAAUUCACACUGGAGAAAAGCCUUACACCUGCCAACUGUGUGGAAAGAGUUUUAAUGAGACAGGAAACCUUAAAAUCCACAUGAGAAUUCACACUGGAGAAAAGCCUUACACCUGCCAACUGUGUGGAAAAAGUUUCAGUCAAAAAAGACACCUUAUAGUCCACAUGAGAGUUCACACUGGAGAGAGCCCAUUCACCUGCCAACAAUGUGGAAAGAGUUUCAUUAGAAAAGAAAACCUUAAAGUCCACAUGAGAACUCACACUAAAGAAAAACCUCAUACCUGUCAAGAGUGUGGAAAGAGUUUCAGUCAAAAAGGAAACCUUACAGUCCACAUGAGAAUUCACACUGGAGAAAAGCCUUACACCUGCCAACAGUGUGGAAAGAGUUUCGGUCAAAAAAGAAACCUUAUAGUCCACAUGAGAAAUCACACUGGAGAAAAGCCUUAAGCUUUGAUUCAUUAUUUUCUAAAAUCAAAAUAAAAUUGAACAGCUCAAUAUUGUAAUAAAUCAAGGUCAACAUAACAGCCUCUUAAAUGUUAAAAGUGUAAAACGCUUUUAAAAGUUGUUCGCACAUGAUGUCAGUGCUGCACGUGAAAUGCGGUAGGUGGGCAAGGAGUGAUUUUACUAUAUAGGAAUCAAAAUUCCUAUUUUUUGCAUUGUUAUAGUUGCUCAAUGGCCACUAUCAAACCGAGAAACCACAAUGAGCAUUUACCAUUUAUGUAACUUGUAUAGUUUUUUUUUUACUUUUUAAAAUAUCAUUUUGUGUCUGCUGAUAUUGAAAUGAAUAUGGAACCUGCUUACUUUAUUUGUUUUUGACUUGGUGAAAUAUUAACAUUCUUCAUGGUAUCGUUUGCAAGGAAGAGAAGAUAUUUUAUCCCAUUGAAUGAUUAUUUAGUGUUUUCACUUCAGUUUUGUAGAAUUCA